AAUUGACGAAUAAUAAUGAUGGAAUGACAAACGAAACUAACUUAUCGAUAUGGCUGAUUCAUCGGGUGACCACCCCACUACAAGCUUUAUGUUUAAACUGAACGUAGAAGUGUCGAGACCGUCGUAAAAGACGGUGAAUUUUUAGUCGAUCCUUUAUAGCGGAAAGAAUGGCGCUAACUCUUAGUAAAUUUAUGACUAAACGCACAGUGACUAGUGUUUGUGUAUUAUCUACAUUAAUAUGGAUAUUAAAAAAAAGAAACCGGAAACAGGUUGCAAAAUAUAGAAAUAUUUGGCCUGUCGAAGAUAUACAAUAUAUUAUUAAAGAGGAAAAACCAAAAGAACCUAAAGCUCAUGUAAAUGCAAGAUUUUUUCGACAAUUAUAUCAAUUGCUUAAAAUUGGUAUACCCUCAAUAAUAUCCUCUGAAUUUGCCUUUGUUCUCCUUAUCGCAGGUACACUUAUUACAAAAUCUUUUUGUGAUCUCUGGAUGAUAAAUAUGAGCACUUUAAUUGAAUCAUCAAUUCUUAAAAUGGAUAAAUCUUUAUUUAAAAGACGUCUACUUAAAUUCUUAGCUGUAUUACCAAUGAUAUCUAUUGUGAACAACGUACUGAAAUAUAGUAUAUAUGAAAUGAAGCUAAGGUUACGCACAAAUAUCACACGAAGUUUAUUGGAUCAAUAUCUUAAUGGUUUUAUUUAUUACAAAAUGAAUAAUUUAGAUAACCGUAUAGCAAAUCCAGAUCAACUUUUAACUACUGAUGUUGAUAAAUUUUGUGAAAGCUGCACAGAUCUGUAUAGUAAUCUUACUAAACCUUUGUUAGAUAUUAUCAUUUAUGUUUAUAGGCUCACAUCUACUCUUGGUAGUGAAACCCCAAUAAUUAUGCUUUCAUAUCUUAUUUUUGCUGGUAUGAUAAUAACUCAUUUGCGUAAACCUAUCGGUCAAAUGACAGUAAAAGAACAAUGUUUAGAGGGUGAAUAUCGUCAUAUUAAUUCAAGAAUAAUCACUAAUUCUGAGGAAAUAGCAUUUUAUCAAGGAAAUAACCGUGAAAAGUUAAUUUUAUUAACUAGUUUUCAUAAACUUAUAACACAUCUUCGCAAAUAUUUAGAAUUCAGAACUUUCAUAGGAAUAAUUGAUAAUUUUGUUGGUAAAUAUAUGGGAACUGUAAUUGGUUUCUAUGCAGUCAGCUUACCUUUCUUUAUAGAAAAUCAUCCUAUUCUCUCAGGAACUCCUAAUCAUCGAUUUAAGAAUUAUUAUACAUAUGGUCGUAUGUUAGUAAAAUUGGCAGAAGCUAUUGGUAGAUUAGUUUUAGCUGGAAGAGAAAUGACGCGAUUGGCAGGAUUUACUGCAAGAGUUAAUGAGAUAAAGAUCGUUCUUAAUGAUCUAAAAACAGGAAAAUAUAAAAGAACAAUGGUUUCUGAUUUCAAAAAUGAACCGAUUGGAACUCCAGGUAUAGGAAAAAUAAUAAACAAAGACAAUAUCAUAAAAUUCGACCAUGUACCUCUGAUAACACCUAAUGGAGAUAUUCUUAUCAAAGAACUAUCAUUUGAAGUUAAAUCAGGAAUGAAUGUGUUAGUUUGUGGUCCAAAUGGUUGUGGAAAAAGUUCAUUAUUUAGAAUUCUUGGAGAAUUAUGGCCAGUUUGGAAUGGAACAAUUAUCAAACCUCCUCGAGGAAAAUUAUUCUACAUUCCUCAGCGUCCUUAUAUGACUUUGGGUACAUUAAGAGAUCAAAUAAUUUAUCCUCAUACAAAGACGGAAAUGAUACGGCGCGGACAAAUGACUGAUAUUGAUUUGAAGAAAUUAUUAGAUCUCGUUCAAUUGGGCCAUCUAUUAGAAAGAGAAAAUCUUAAAAAUAGCGAAGGACAAGGUUGGGAUGUUGUAGCUGAUUGGAUGGAUGUUUUAUCUGGUGGUGAAAAACAACGUAUAGCUAUGGCUCGGCUUUUUUAUCAUAAACCACAAUUUGCAAUUUUAGAUGAAUGUACAAGUGCUGUUAGUGUUGAUGUCGAGGAUUCAAUGUACUUGUACUGCAAACAAACUAAUAUUACAUUAUUCACAGUAUCACAUCGACGGUCUCUUUGGAAACAUCAUGAGUAUUAUUUGCGAAUGGAUGGAAGAGGUAAUUAUGAAUUUAAGACUAUCGAAACGGAUACAAAAGAAUUUGGAUCGUGAAUUUCCAUGUUCCUUGCAUUUAAUAAUACUUUAAUAAUGUAAGGAAUUGUCAAUUUAUAUUCGAUUAAUUUCGAAUAAUUUAAAUGUAAAUUUGCAGUGUAUAGCAUAUAUAUAUAUUGUAUGUAUUGUAUCUUUCUUUGAUUAGAAUUUAGAUUUAUGAAUAUUCAUACUGUAUAUUUUUAUAUAUCAUAUUUUUACAUACUAUAUAUUUUUUAUAUCGUUAUUUUUUUAUUAAAAAUAAUAAGAAAUAACCAAAAAAUAUUAGUAUACACUGCAAUUUAGGCCUUAAUGUAAUUAAUUUAAAAAAAAUUAAUAUGUGAUUUAAAUGUUAUUGUACAUUUGUUCUCCCAAUAUUAUUGAAAAAAGGAAGAAAAACUUGUGGGAACAUAAUUUUCCGAAUGUAAAUUUAAACUAUUAUAAAAAUAACAUAUUUUUGAUACAAUUUUUCAAAGUUACAUCAUAUAAAAUGUUAAAUUGUAUCAUAUAUGCAUUAAAAAUAUCUAAUUAAUUAAUAUAUUUGAAUGUAUGUAUAAUAUAAUAAUUUGAAUAUAAUUUAAAUCAUUUUUUAUUUUAAUAGUCAAUAAUAAAAUUAUGAUUUGUUAUGUGUUGAUCACAUUAAAAAAAUUGCCAGAAUUUAUAUCAAAUUGCUGGACGAUAAGAAUGUGAAAUAAAGCUCAGUGAUAUAAAAUCUUAUUAUAUUACUUAUUAUCAACUUUUUUAUCUAAAAAUUGUACAUAUUAAAAGAAAUUCUUUAAUAAAAUUCUCAAUAUUUAUUAAUAAUAUUAUUUUCAUAAAUUAUAUUGGAGGAAAAAAUUAUUUAAUAAAGUUAAUUAUAAUUAAAAUACGAAAGAAUAUUUGAACCUGUUUAAAUUUCCCGCUCUUUCAAAAUUCUGCCUGAGUUGACAUUGCCAUAUUGGUUGACCGUUGAUCUGUUGGGGAAGCUAGUCGGAAAUUGUUAGCAAACGUUAGGCUUUUAAUUGUUUAAUUGAUACUAACUUCUCAUAAAGUUUGUCCAGUUAAAAUUUUGUUUUUAGUGUGUGAAAAGAUAAAACAAAGCAUAUUUGUAAUCAAUAAAAAAAAAAAUUAUGUAUUUAUAUAGUAGUGAGAAAAAAUAGUGUCAGUGAGCUAAAAUAAUUUAAAAGAAAAUUAUUUUUGAAUAUAUUCCUAGAAUUAAUCACAUACAGUCAUAUUCAUGUUCAAGAAUCUCAUCAAUCUUUUUUUCAUCUAAUCCAUUUCCAUCUUUUCGUCUUUGUCUUUCCCUUUCUUUCUUUACGUUUCUUCACUUAUCUGACUGUCUGAUCGUUUCUCUUUCCUCGUCUCUCUUUGCCAUUGUGUUUCGCUGAAUCGUUCUUCGUGGCGUUUGCGUUCCCGAAGACACUGUGGCCAGACCUCGCGGCACUGCGAUUGUGCGACGUGAACGAGUGUGUGUCGAA